CAUCUGGCCCUGCAGAUGGGCGCCCUCCUCCCUCAGGUUGGUCAGCAGCAGCCGAGCCACCGCCUCGCUGCCCUGCUCCCUCUCCACGUGUUUCAGGAUGGCGGGGGCCUGCUGCUUGGCGCGCUCAUCCACAAGGACACCCUCGAUAAUGCUGAAGUGGCCCGCCCCGUCCCGUCGUUUGUGGCGGCAAUGAAACGACACGAAGCCGUUGAGGCGAACGACGGGCGGGACGGCCAGGCUGAGCGGGGCGGGUGCAGGCGAUGGGGGUCCGGGCGAAGGGGGCGAGCUGGGCUCGCUGUCGGACCCGAUGGCGGUCGAUGGCGGUGGGGGCGACGAUGCCUCGCUCGGCGCCGGCAGCUGCGUCUCGACUGUGGCACCCGACUCGACAGCGGUCUGAUCCUCCUUCUCCUCUCCAUCACCCACACCCUCGCCCUCUGCCGCCUCCCCUAUGGCGUUCUUCCGGUCGUCGGGCUGCUGCUGGUCCUCUUCGCUGGGACCGAGUGGACGCGGGGAGAGUGAGGCGCUUGCGUCUGGUGCGUGUGGUGGGGCGGGGGAGGGGGGAGUUGUCGCCUCGUUGGCGGUAUCUUUGAGGGGUAUGUCGUCACUGCCCGUCACGUCCGUGCUAUUGGGGGCAUUGGGAGCACGCACAUCGUCCAACAAGUCAGCUCUUUCGACCGCAUCUGCACCACACCACACAACACAACACACAGUCAAUGUGUGACCAACGGUGAGGGUGCACGUGUCUGUCGGUCGGUCGGUCGGUCGGUCACCCACCUUGCGAGAGAGCCACGGCGUUCGUCAGCCGCUCCUGAGCAGAAUGUACCUCUGACGACUCAUCUUCAGCUACAGGACCACGCGGCCGCCCAACAGCAGGCAGCUGCGACUCGGCUACCGCACGCGACUCGGUCACUCCAUCAUCCACACCUUUACCCUCACCCUCACCCGCGGCCUCUCCCGCUCCCUCUGUGACGUCGUCACCCUCAUACACUUCUCUCUCACUGCCGCCCUCGUGCAUCUCCCUCUCGCGCAUCGGCCCUCCUUGCCUGUCAUCAAAUCGGUCCGUCAUGGCCCUCUCGGCAUGAAAAGACGGCCCUCGAGACCCCGCACCGUCUCGCGACGGCUCGUGUGUCCGCGAGCGUGAUACACUAUGACCUUGGCGCGGCUCCACUCGUGCGCCAGAUGGCGGCUCGCACGUACGUGACCGAGGGAUAGAGUGGGCUCCCCUGUCCUCCUUGGCCGGCCUCUGCUCGUCAUCCAUCUCGCGAUACUCUCUGGCGGCUUCCCGAGGCGACUGUCGGUCGGGUGAGGCAGCAGGCUGGAGAGAGGGCUGGGAUGACAGCGCCUGGGAGGGCGGCUGGUUGGUGGAGGCCUGUUGUGCGCUUGGAACGACGGGUGCUGACUGCACGACAGCAACAAACCAAGACAAAGACAGACAGAUGGGAUUGCGUCAGGCCUGCCGUGAGUGAGGAUGCUCGUAUGGAUGGAUGGAUGGGUGGAUGGAUGGAUGGAGGUGAUCCCGUCCGCGUACCCGUCGUAGAAACGCGGCCGUCUUUGGCAGGAUGCCGGCCCACGUGAGUGCAUCUGCCGCCCCUCGCAGGAAACCCCCUCUCGUCCUCUCAAACGCCCCCGCCCGGCUCCUAUGCAAAGUCCAUCGAAUGGACGGCGGCCUGCAGCCAGGAAAUGCACACAUGCCGCGCGACAUUCUGCCUUGGGGAUUCGUCGCUCACCCAACGCUCACCUCGUAUCAGUGGCCUUCAUCGGUUUGCUUAUUAUCAAAUAUCCUCUCAAUUCUUCUCUGCAGCGACCAGCGACUCUUCG